UAUUAAUUUAGUUUGAAAUACUGAUGCUCCUAAUAGGGUAUUAACAAAAUUUGAUUUGUGUUUCCAUUUUUUCAUUGAUGUUCCUAUGAUGGUAUAUGGCCGUGUCUUAUCGUAAGAUAAGUUUAUAUGACGUACCUUAUCUCACUCUGUGUAAAUACUUAUACAGAAUUUGGUCACCAGCAGCACAACCAUGAAGACAGUGGUAUAUUUUUUUGCCUUAUCUAUAUCCGUGGCGUUUUGUGACAUCAAUAAGCGUGAUUUACUGGAAAUCCUUGGGAUUAUUCAUAAAGACCCAGGUUUCCAUACACUUCCGAUGGAUACUCAGCUCACUAUAGUUGAAUUGGUUGCAGCAGCUGAAAACAGUGUCCUUGUACAAUAUGUAGAUGACAAAGGAUUUCUAAACGUUCUGAAGGCUUUGAGUGUUGGAACAUCAAUUCAACAGAAAAGCCUCGAAACAUAUCUUUUAACGCACAUGAAUAUGGAGUACAGUAAGACAACAACAAAAUCAACGACAACCACAACAACGACGACAACAACGACGACAACUACUCCUAAACCACAGGUCGUAGGAGUAGGCAGUGGCCCUCUUGGUAAAAGAGACACUGAUAACUACCUCCAACACUCCAUAGUAAAUAGCCCAGCCUUCCAGCACCUGACAGAAGACAAGCAACAGAUUAUCCAUAGAUUGUUGGAUUCUGUCAGUAAUCAUGAUCUUACACAAACUAUAUUCCUACAACAGGGCAUAGACUUCAUCCAUGCAUUAAGGCUACCAGCUGACCUUGCUCAUAAACUUACUUUACUCAUUACGCAUGAAAUGAUGCUUGAAGGACAUGGCACGAAAUAUGCACAAAAGGACGACGACGAUAAGUAAAGAUAUAGCUGUGAAUCAUUAUUAAAAUUGUAUAAAUUA